AUGGAGCGAGAUUGCUUUCGCUUUGUUCGCAAGUGUCAUCAGUGUCAAAUUCAUAGUGAUUUGAUUCACUUGCCACCUUCAGAGCUGCAUCCUAUGUCUGCUCCUUGGCCAUUCAUUGCUUGGGGCAUGGAUGUAAUUGAUCCAAUAGAACCAAAAGCUUCUAAUGGGCAUCGAUUCAUACUGGUCGCUAUUGGCUAUUUUACCACAUGGGUAGAAGUUGCUACUUUCAAAUCAGUUACGAAGAAAACAGAGGUUUGCGAGCAAUUUAAAAUUGUGCAUCAUCAUUCUACCCCUUACCGUCCCAAAGAAAAUGGAGCCGUUGAAGCAUCGAACAAGAAUAUUAAAAAGAUUCGUAGGAAAAUGGUCCAAGGAUCUCGACAGUGGCAUAAGAAAUUACCGUUUGCUCUUUUAGGAUAUCGUACAAAUAUCCGUACAUCAACUGGCAUAACUCCUUAUUUACUAGUCUAUGGGACUGAAGCUGUGAUACCCGCAGAAGUCAAAAUUUCCUCGCUUCGAAUCAUUGUUGAAGCCGAUAUUGACGAUGCUGAAUGGGUCAAGUCUAGACUAGAACAAUUAUCAUUAAUAGAUGAAAAAAGGUUGAUGGCAGUUUGCUUUGGCCAAUUAUACCAGCAGAGGAUGGCGCAAGCUUACAAUAAGAAGGUACGUCCUAGAAAUUUGAGGUCGGCCAACUUGUUGUAA